AUGUUGAGAACACAAGUCCUACGUGCGCAACGUUCCACUACCACAAGAAGAUUAAUCAAUCGUUCUUACUCCUCAUUUAAGGAGAUCAGAUUCGGUGUAGAGGCAAGAGCUUCUCUUUUAAAAGGUGUCGAAACUUUAGCUGAUGCCGUCUCUUCCACCUUGGGUCCAAAGGGUAGAAACGUUCUCAUUGAACAAUCUUUCGGUUCUCCAAAGAUCACUAAGGAUGGUGUCACUGUAGCAAAGGCAAUCACUCUUGAAGAUAAAUUUGAAAAUAUGGGUGCUAAAUUACUACAAGAAGUCGCUUCAAAGACAAAUGAAGCUGCUGGUGACGGUACCACUUCUGCUACUGUAUUAGGUAAGGCAAUUUUCACUGAAUCAGUCAAAAACGUCGCUGCUGGUUGUAACCCAAUGGAUUUAAGAAGAGGUUCUCAAAUUGCCGUUGAAAAAGUCAUUGAUUUCUUAACUAAGAAUAAAAAGGAAAUCACCACUUCCGAAGAAAUUGCUCAAGUUGCCACCAUUUCAGCUAAUGGUGAUUCCCACGUUGGUAAAUUAUUGGCUUCUGCAAUGGAAAAAGUUGGUAAAGAAGGUGUUAUCACUAUUAGAGAAGGAAGAACCCUUGAAGAUGAAUUAGAAGUCACCGAAGGUAUGAGAUUUGACCGUGGUUUCAUCUCUCCUUAUUUCAUCACCGACACCAAAUCUAAUAAAGUUGAAUUCGAAAAACCUUUAUUAUUAUUGAGUGAAAAGAAAAUUUCAUCCAUUCAGGACAUUUUACCAGCUUUGGAAUUGUCUAACCAAAGUAGAAGACCAUUAUUGAUCGUUGCUGAAGAUAUCGAUGGUGAAGCUUUAGCUGCUUGUAUCUUGAACAAAUUAAGAGGUCAAGUUAAAGUAUGUGCCGUCAAGGCUCCAGGAUUCGGUGAUAACAGAAAGAAUACUCUGGGCGAUAUUGCUAUCUUAACCGGUAGUACCGUCUUCACUGAAGAAUUAGAUUUGAAACCAGAAAACUGCACUUUGGAACAUCUGGGUUCUUGCGAUUCCAUUACCGUUACAAAGGAAGAUACCGUUGUGCUAAAUGGAAACGGUUCUAAAGAAGCCAUCGAAGAAAGAAUCGAACAGAUCAAAAACUCAAUUGAUCUAACCACUACCAAUUCUUACGAAAAGGAAAAACUACAAGAACGUUUAGCCAAAUUAUCUGGUGGUGUUGCCGUGAUCAGAGUUGGUGGUUCUUCGGAAGUUGAAGUCGGUGAAAAGAAGGACCGUUACGAUGACGCUUUGAAUGCCACCAGAGCCGCCGUCGAACAGGGUAUCUUACCAGGUGGUGGUACCGCUUUAGUUAAAGCCGCUAGAAUCUUGGAUGAUAUCCAAGUAGAAAAUUUCGAUCAAAAAUUAGGUGUCGAUAUUAUCAAGAAGGCUAUUACUAAACCUGCAAAACAAAUUAUUGACAAUGCUGGUGAAGAAGGCUCUGUAAUCGUUGGCAAAUUACUCGAUGAAUACGGAGAUUCUUUCACUAAAGGUUACGACUCCGCAAAGGGAGAAUACACUGACAUGUUGGAUGCUGGUAUCAUCGAUCCAUUCAAGGUUGUCAAAUCUGGUUUAGUUGACGCUUCUGGUGUGGCUUCAUUAUUAGCCACUACAGAAGUUGCUAUCGUUGACGCUCCAGAACCUGCUGGCCCAGCCCCUGGUGGUAUGCCAGGUAUGGGAGGUAUGCCAGGUAUGAUGUAG